GAAAAUUGACAGGUCCCGCAACAAUGGCCGAUCUCUCAAGACCAAAGGGUAUCACCAUUCUUCGCAGAUUCCGCUGUCCAGUCCCGCUAUGCGACGACGUGAGUCGCCCACCUCCUCGAGAUGAAGAUGAAUACGAACCAGAAUGGGUGGUCGCCGAGGGACGAGAAUGGAAGGGUCAAAAGAGGCCGGUGUACUACAUAAAAUGGAAGGGGUAUCCCUUGGCAGAAGGGACCUGGGAGCCGUUCAGUAACCUCGGAAGAGAGCUACUCCAAGAAUUUGUGCCUGUCAAUAGCGUUUCAGACCAAGGAGAGCCUCCCAACUCCGACGACCGCGCAACACCUUUCGAGCUCAACCCGCCGAUUUCGGCCAAAACCCACGCGGACGGUGGGAUGAAAGUCGAGCCGGACCGCGACAUAGUUUCCAGCUGCAUCAAACGUGAGGAAGAUCCCUCAGAUGCGUCCGUCCAUGCCUCCAAUCUUCCGAUCUAUGGCGUCCCCGAAUCCGGAUCGACCUUAAACGAUCGUGCGGACUACGACGAAGAAGGGGGAGAGCGGCUGCCACAUUCUCACCGUGACACGCCGGUGAAGUUAGAGUCGACCCAACGUGAGGCCGACUGUGAAUCAUCCGAGGCACCUUCGGAGUAUCAGCCCUCUGAGGGCGAGAGUUCAGACGAUGAGGAAUACGCCAUUCAAAAUCCAACGCACGUCCCUGGCUCCGGGGUGGCCCGUGCCGACACGGUGGAAGACACAAUCAGCACCAACGUUCUGCCCGGGGAGAGUCAAUCUGCCACCUUGCGGUCGGCGGCAACGUCAACCAAGGAUUCCAAUACCAAAAACGCUCACCCCCGCAACCCGCUCAAAUUCAAGGAACUCAAAGAUACACCUUGUCCAGGUUGUGACAAAUCAUUUACCGCCGAACGAAUACAUUCAGCCAUACGACUUCCUUACCGGAAAAACCGGUACCACUGCCGCAAUUGCGUCAAACGCUAUCGGAAAUGCGGCGAUCCUGCUCCUCGUUCCACUAGAACCAACAUUAAAGCGAAACUUCUUGCAAACGAGGAUUGUCCUGGUUGUGGGAAGCCGUUUCAAGUGGUGGGCGUCACACGGGCAGAGAAAAUGACCACGAAAGAGGGUUUGAUGGCAUACCACUGCGUCGGCUGCGUCAUUCGACGGAUCGAGGCUCAACCUGAACUACGUACAGAAAACCUUUCGACACAGGAAGCCCGGAACAAGCUGGGAUCGGAACGAAUGGAGCUUGAUUUGCUAGGUCGGGACUAAGGACAGCACACCGCCGAGUCCAAUGUCCCGAGGGAUAGGCGUAGCAUGCCCUGGCUCAAUGUCCGCUGCGAGAAAUGUGGUUUUAAUACUACGACCGAGUGGACCACGAAAGAUUCGCGCCUACUGUGCUCGAAGUGUGCUCAAUAUGCUUGGGCGCAUAAUGGAGAGAUGCGAGAUCCAAAGGGACGAGGGAUGCAUUAUACAGACGUGACCUUUACAUGUGGAGAUUGUCAAACAGAGGCAGAGAUGGCAAGCAGUAAAUGGCUUCAAGAACGGCGGGUCUGUGGAGCCUGUUACCAAUACUGGGGUCAGCACAAGAAGCCGCGACCUCUCGCGGUGGUUCAACGUUCCCAAGCAAAUCGGCGUGACAAGGAUGCAAAUCAAAAGCCUAAGUGCGCGAAUCCGUCUGGUUGCCCAAACAAACCUACAAGGCGGUUGGGCGCUGAACGAAUAUGCUGCUCUUGUCUGAAAUAUUACAGAAAGCAUAAAAAAUGGAGGAACGUAAAUCAGCGACAACCGCGACGUCUGUUGGCUGUUGAGUGUGUUGAUUGUGAUCGACCGCUGAAUGGAAAAGGGUCAAUUGUGACUCUUGGAAUACCGGGCUGGCGCUGCAGCGCUUGUCAACUCCAUUUUCGGAAGCACGGAGUCGUGCGACCGAAAGAUGGAGUCCGUCGCCCUGCCCCGAGCAAAAUCGAACAGGCUGAAAGUCCUGGGAGUGGGCCAUCUUAAGACACAAGCCGGAAAAGACAGUCUGCGCGGUCAAGGGAUCCUGUACACACAGAGACGUGUGCGCGACCCUCACCGCUAUCGCCAACGAUUGUAAAAUUAUUCCGCAAAGACUGGUCAGACUUUGAAAACGCCCCGGAUUUUCCAUACUUUUAGUCUCUAAAUAAAUCUAAGAGCAGCAACUCAUUCAUCUCUCCGAGGGCAAGAGAACCAA